ACUGCCAAGUCGGAUGCGCUCUCGUGCGCUCGUCGCUCGUCGCUCGUUUCUUUCCUCAACUUCAACUUGUUCUCGGCCGCACAAGUGCUGUCCGCCUGCGUUAACUAACUUUCGGAACAAACGUAUUUUUUGUUUCGACCUUUUUUUACGUCCUAGUAGUGCCAGGUUUAUUCAUCUGCGUCACAUCAAGAUUGGCCAAUCAAACGUCAACGAGCGACGUAUUCUUCUCCGAUCGCUCUUCACAUGACUCCUUGAUAAUGACCGACGGUGGGGCCAGUCAAUGUAAAGGGUCGUGACGCAAGCGCGAGAUCGCAUUUUUGUAAAUUUCCCGUCAGUCCUACGUGCUUCACAAACAUUCAUACCUGAACAUGUUGGAACAUUACAAUCCCUUGGUGCAAGCACCACUGAACAAUGUCAGCGAAGUGGCCAUGGGCACAGCGAUGUCAGCAGGCCCUCCGAUCACCUUCAGGCAAGCGGCUAACAAUAACAUUGGAGAUGUUGGUUGUGCAGAGGGAACGAUCUCGGUGAAGCAAGAGUCGAACCUGCUGGAGGGCGUGUGCGCGAGUUGCGGCCGAGUGAUAACCGACCGCUACGUCAUGAGGGUGAACGAGCGCAACUACCACGAGAGCUGCCUGUCGUGCGCCGAGUGCGCGACGCCGCUGUCGCACUCGUGCUACGCGCGCGACUGCAAGUUCUACUGCAAGCAGGACUACCAGCGCAUCUACGCCACCAAGUGCGCGCGCUGCCAGCAGAAGAUCGAGUCGAGCGACCUGGUGAUGAAGGUCAACAUGCAGUCCAUCAGCAGCCGCGCCGACCUGUCCAUCUUCCACGUGGAGUGCUUCGUCUGCUGCAUCUGCGGCGAUCCCCUGGUCAGGGGCGCCCACUUCAUUCUCAGGCAGGGGCUGCCGCUCUGCAAGCGCGAGUUCCACAACGACAUCUUCAACAUGAACAGUCCUCAAGAUGACGACUUGUUGGACGACAGCAGACCACGCGACGGCAGGCGAGGUCCGAAACGACCAAGGACUAUUCUCACGUCGGUCCAGAGGCGUCAGUUCAAAGCAUCGUUCGAAGUGUCGCCAAAGCCAUGCCGUAAAGUACGGGAAGCUCUGGCCAAAGACACUGGGCUUAGCGUCAGAGUUGUACAAGUUUGGUUCCAAAAUCAGAGGGCAAAAAUGAAAAAGCUUCAACGCAAAGCCAAAACAGAGUCGGGCUCGGAUAAGGAACCCAAAGAGGAAAGGAAACCAGAAAGCCCGCACAGCGAUCACAGUGAGACUUUUCAUUUAUCUAUCUUCUACUGUCAUUUUCUAGAUGAACGUUCUUCUAAAUAUUUCUUUCAAGGUCAUUACAUGAAUGCCUUGUCAAUGCGUGAUGGAGAGUCUUCUAAUUUCACCUCAGCCACACAGCCACUCAAUCCGAAUAACCCGUACUCGCCAGACGACGCAUAUCCGGGUCAUUCCGGUGAUAGCUAUUGCAGUAGCGACAUAUCAAUCGACGGUACAGAAGCGGGUUUCGAGUUGGGUGAAAGCGAAAAUAAUGGUGGUCCAGAUGGAAGUCACCAAGGUGGUUCGCACUCUCAUCAUUCGAGCGGCGGACCUGGUGGGCCCGGUCCUGAAAUGUCAUCUCUAUCUCAAAGUCUUCACUCGGCCAUACACAACCCUAUUGACAACCUGUUUAGAAUGUCGACCAACUAUUUUAGUGGCACCGAACAUCAAUAAAUUUUUAAUAUCGCUUGACUUCCAUCGUGCUCGGGAUCGCAAAUAAUUUAUAUAUUUUCUCAAUGUUGCUCUCGUUAAAUAGAAUUGCAAUAUACUAUAAGCUAAUGCUACAUUUUCUAAAAUUAUCUUUCGGAUUCAUAAUAUUCUUACAUUCCGCAUUAAUUAUUAGUUGAACUGAUUACAUAAUUUUUGAAAAAUUCACAAAUACGUUGAAUUUCCUGGUUUUAAUUUUUUAUUAUUAUUCAAUAUUUAUUCAAAUAAUAUUUUUUAUCGAAGAGCUACGCUACAUUAAUUGUUAUGUUUUACUUGAUAUUUUUUGUUAGAAUCUUUUUGUAAAAUCAAACACUGCGCGACAUGCUUAUUUCACUUUCCUUACAAAUGAUCGUUCUGUUUUGAGGAUAUGAGGAUUCUGGACAUUAAAUAAUAUAAUUGAACAAAUAGUUACAUUAAAAAGAAACAAAAUAAUAAAAAAAAUUGUUAUAUAUUCAAAGAAAAAUUAAUCCCGUAAGUUGUACAAUUAAGCGGUAUUUCUGGGAUCCUUGACGCAACCGUUCAAAAUGUAAAUCAUGAAAGAAAGUGUUUAAGAUAGCUUUAUAUAUAGUAGAUCAUAAGAAUGCGUUUAUAAAGUUAUAAAAUUCGCGUUGAUUUAUUUACUCAUUCAUACUUAUUAUUGAUCUUUCAAAUUAUAAAUUACUGAAUUGAAUAUCAUAAAAUGUAAGUAUUACUGUAAUCAUUGUCAGAAAAUCAUGUCAUCAAUGAUCAGCAGCUAAAAAUUGUGGGCAUCAUCAAAAAGUAAAAUGUACGACUUUAAUUAAAAUUUGUCGUUUGAUAAACUGUAAAAUCAUCGGCUCGAUAAAAAAAUUUUGAAACAGAGUGAAAAAGAGAGAUAAAGAUUACAGCAGGCUGCGCUUAUGAUUGCGUCACAAUUUAUACCAUUAUAGAAUAAAAUCUUUAAAUUAUAAUUCUUUGUUUUUCUGUGUCUUUAAAU